AUGCAGCCGGCUGCAGCCAAGCUACAAGUCCACAGAACACCAUAUUCUGUGGCGGACAUCUUGGAUCCAACUAAAUUUACAGGAAAACUAAUCUCUGCUGAGGACGUAUCAGCUACAAGUAAGAGCUCAGAUCAAGAAAAAAAUCAUUCCAACUCCUAUCAGCAUCAGACAGUAGGAGAAAGCUGCGGCCCAAAGAGUCACAGCUCGGGGGUCAAAGGCCGUCGGAUUCGCACGGCCUUCACAGUGGAGCAGCUGCAGGUGCUGGAGCACAGCUUCCAGAGGUGCCACUACUUGUCGGUGCUGGAGCGGCACUCCAUCGCCUCUGCCCUGCACCUGUCUGAGACCCAGGUCAAGAUCUGGUUCCAGAACAGGCGCACCAAGUGGAAGAAGGAGCGCCUGCAGGGGAGGGAGGAGCAGCAGGACCUCACUUCGGCACCGUUAACAUACAGCCCUCUGUUCUGCCAGCUGCACGCUCCGCUCCAGAUGUUUGUGCCACUGCCACUCGGGCCUUAUUGUCAGCAUUACACAUGA